AUGGAGGCAAGAAGUUUUUUAAUAUGUGUUUUAUUAUGUGGUUUAAUAGGAAUAUCACACGGACAAGUGCGGCUCGUGAAUGGGACGAUUAAAAUGCAAAUCGGGACAACAGCGAGAUGUCCGGAUGCAUACAGGUUUAUGAAACAUUUAGUGCCAGUGUAUGAGAAAUAUAAGCAAUUCCUUGAUAUCGAAUUUGUACCUUGGGGAAGAUCGUCAAGGGGCGAAAACGGUCAACUCAGUUGCCAGUUCGGUGUCAGCGGUUGUUGGGCGAACCGCUUUCAUAGAUGCGUCCUCCAUUUGUUAGAUGGAAACCAAGAUGCGGCAGUAAAGUUCAUGCAAUGUGAGUUCUCAGACACCUUUCCUGGUUUUUCGGGAAGCUAUUUCUGUGCGACCCAAGUGGGUCUACGACUGAUAGAGGUGGAUAACUGUAUGGCGACGACAGGUGAUGCUUUGGAGGGACCAGCUGAAGCGGCUACUGUGGAACCCCUUAGAAUUAUAAACUUCAUCCCUUUCAUUGUGUUUAAUGGCGACAUCGAUCGUCACAUCUCGACCCAAGCGAGGAACCGACUUGAAAGUGUUAUAUGCUUCGCUCUGGCCGAAAAUGCGGCGACUGGUGUGACUCACUGUAAAAUUGAAAUGUAA